UACCUCGCCUGCUCGGGCUGAUCCCGGCGACAGCUCCUCCUCUUACCACGACUUUCCCUACAUCGACCUGGAGUCCUCUUCUACAACCAACCACUACCAAAAAAAACCCAAAAAAAAACACAUACUCGAGAAAAAUGGUUGGUCAAACGAAAAACCGCGAAAUGAAGCAGAAGAUGCAGGCACUCAAGGAUCUUUACUUCAGUCGGCACUACACGCGGUGCGCAAGGUCUGGGGAGCGGUUGCUAGGCGAGGUGGAUAGCAGCAUGCAUCCGGUUCACUUGGCAUAUCUUAACUUUUACACCGCGCUAUCACACGACACUUUGGCGAGGGAGGCUACAAUAAAAAAUCGUCACCAUGAGCUUGUUGCUGCGGAAGAGUAUUACCGUGCUGCCAUUGCCGCCCUGGCAUUGCCAUCGUCCACUUGCUCAACCCCGACUUUAGACGAUGAGCACCCCUCAACGCCAGAAUCUGCCACGUUCCCGGAAGAGCGUGUGUGGCUCGACCGCUUAAAGACAAAAUCAUCCAACUUGAGCACUUCGUGUCGUACUUCAUCAAGCACCAUGUCCGACCCCUUCGACCUAGAAAAAGAUGUCCAUUUUGAGCUCAAGGGUUUUUCGUUUCCGUCGCCGCCCCGAACCAGUACACCUACGUUCCUCGAGAUUACUUCCAACCCUCGGUCAAGCCACAUUGACAACUCGAGCAUGCUCUCGCCUUUAUCAACGCAUCCAAUAAGACCCGAGCCUGUAGCAAAAGUCAAUUUCCCACCCGGCACAUCAAUAUUUGUUGGCAUGCUGCAAGGUCACCUCACCAGUGUGCUCACGCUGAAAGAGAGCACUGGUAUCCAUGAUUCCAAAUACACAUUCCUGAACCCUUCAGCUUCACCGACAAAGUCACAGUUCAGGUUUCCUCGAACUAGCGAUCUGCCGCAACACCAAAAAGAGGACCUUCGAAAAAAGAGGAAACAAAUGGCGUGGCGUCCAAGGUUCGACCCAGGAAGCAUACGCAAGCUGUGUGACGAAGCGCUGGCAGAGCUCUAGUGGCCGCCAGACAAUGAGAUAAGAUCCAGUGAUGCUGCGGGAGUAUACUGAAUACAGCUCGCUUUCUGUUCCUUUUAUUGACAUGUUCAGCAAAGUGCUGCAGGAGAUGAAGAGCGUAUACCCCAAUUCGGUAGGCCUUUUCUUUUGUUUUCGUUCAUAUACCAUCUUGUAUGUUCCUUUUCUCCAUUUCCCGCCAUUACCGGUCUACUGGCUUUUGUUUUACUGUUUCCACUGUUCUAGUAGAUGAUCGACGCACGAGCUUGUAUUC